CGCCGCCGCGCCCCGGCGUCGCCGCCCGCAAUGGCGGCCCUUCUCUUGCUGCUGCCGGUGUCGCUCCUGCUGUCCUGCCUCGCCGCCGAGGGGGCGGCCGCGGUCACCUUCUCCUCGCGGCUGAUCCACCGGUUCUCCGACGAGGUGAGGGCGCUGCGGGACCCCGGCGGCGGCGGCGGGGCGGUCCCGUCGAACGCCAGCGCCGCAGGCCAGUGGCCGGAGAAGAGGAGCGUGGAGUACUACCAGGUCCUCGUGGCGAGCGACUUCCGGAGGCAGAACAUGAAGCUCGGCACUCACUACCAGUUGCUCUUCCCUUCCGAAGGGAGUCAGACGAUGUGGCUCGGGAAUGAAUUCGGAUGGCUACACUACUCUUGGAUCGACGUAGGUAGUCCAAGUGUUUCUUUCCUUGUUGCAUUGGAUGCUGGGAGUGAUCUUCUUUGGCUUCCCUGUGAAUGUGUACAGUGUGCUCCUCUGUCCGCCAGCCACUAUAGCAGUGCUCCCUUGUAUUUGGGGCAAUCUAUUGUGCAGGAUAGAGAUCUGAAUGAAUACAAUCCAUCUGGUUCCAACAGUAGCAAGCACAUAACUUGCAGCCAUCAGCUAUGUAAACUGGGCCCAAGCUGUAAAAGUCCUGGAGAAUCAUGUCCAUACAUUGUUAACUACUACUCUGAGAAUACAUCAACUUCUGGAUUACUGGUGGAAGAUAUACUGCAUCUUGCCUCAGGCAGUGGCCGGGCAUCAAAUAGUUCUGUAUCGGCUCCAGUCAUUAUGGGAUGUGGUAUGAAACAGAGUGGGGGUUACUUGGAUGGUGUUGCUCCUGAUGGUCUGAUGGGGUUGGGGCUUGGAGAAAUUUCUGUUCCAUCUUUUCUUGCUAAAGGAGGAUUGGUUCCCAACUCAUUUUCGUUGUGCUUUGUUGAAGAUGAUUCUGGGACGAUAUUCUUUGGUGACCAGGGUCCAGCCAACCAGAAAUAUACAGCUUUUCUACCUUCAAAUGGAAAAUAUGAGACAUACAUUGUUGGGGUCGAGGCAUGUUGCAUUGGAAACUCUUGUCUUAAGCAAACAAGUUUCAGUGCUCUGGUAGAUAGUGGCACGUCAUUCACAUUUCUUCCCAAUGGAGUUUUUGAAACAAUUACCCAAGAGUUUGACAGACGAGUGAAUGCAACUCACUCUAGCAUUGAAGGAUAUCCUUGGAAGUAUUGCUACAAACCCAGUACAAAGGAGAAGGCGAAAGUUCCCUCUCUCACACUUGUUUUUCCACUAAACAACAGCUUUGUUGUCUAUGACCCUGUUUUCAAGGUCUAUGGCAUGGAGGGGUUGGCGGGAUUCUGUUUAGCAAUACAGCCAACUGAUGGAGAUAUCGGAACAAUUGGACAGAACUUUAUGAUGGGAUACCGCAUGGUGUUUGACCGGGAAAAUUUAAAGUUAGGCUGGUCACGCUCAAACUGCCAAGAUUUAGAUGACGAUCGGAGUAUGCCUCUAACACCAAAUGGCAGAUCCCCCAACCCGUUACCCACAACCGAGCAACAGAGCGCUCCUGGAGGGCAUGCGGUGGCGCCUGCUGUGGCUGGGAGAGCGCUCUCCAAACCAUCGGCUGCUUCACAGAAGCUCAUAUCAUCCCACUUAAGUUUAAUCAGUUUAAUGCCGCUUUUGCUGCUUGUGCACUUUCUUGCCACUUUCCGGCACAUAAACGAACCUUUUUCGCUCAUAUGCCAAAGCUCACUUCGCUGAUGAUGGGGGGAUCUUACAUGUAAAUUUUCCUCAGUUUUGUAAGGGAGUAGUCGGGAUGGGGGGAGCUUGUCCGUGUCAACCAUCGCCUGUCAGGUUUUUGUGGUUUCUUCUGGGCUUGUGGUUGAUGGUGUUAUUGUAUAUUUUGUCAUGUCUUAUAAAUAUUCCUGUGUCUUCUUCCA